UUGGCUAAAUAAGUUUUUAAUUUUCUACUUAUAUUUGUACUUAAAUAUUUUUCUCUUAACCUGUUUCUAUGGAUUGCUAAUAUGUUAAGCAUGUCCAAAUUUCAAUGAAACCAUGUAUUUUCAUUUUAAAAUCGUUUCCCUAUGUUUCAUAUUUAUUUUGUACAGUAGUGGUACUACGACGGACGAGUACACUACAAUUGCUAAUGAAUUUGCUCAAAAAGAUAAGUCCAAUCUAUUAACUGUAAACGAAAAAGCCAAACAAGACAUGUUUCUAAAUAAAAAUCAUAAUGACGAAAACAGUGCCUGUUCAAAUGAUAUCGAAGGAAAGGGAUAUUUUCGACAUCCAGUGGAAAUUUUGGGUCCUAAAUUCUCAGAUAAGUAUUUGGUACAUCUAUGUGAAUUGCACUUAUACACGUAUGCUGAAGAGUUAUCUAAAGUAAAGUUCACACCCAGAGGUAAAAAGUCGUGUUUAGAAGUUUGCGAUCAAUAUAGAAAAAACAUGGUCGUAGACGGAGUUAUCGAAGUGCAAUUAUUACAUAGUUACUGCAAUUACAUUGGUACAGCAUCUGGUGACAACGAAAUUGGAUUAGACCGGACAUGUUCUUGUCCUUAUAGAGUUCGAUGUCAAUCACGAGCACGACUGAUUACCUAUACUUUUGAGCCAAACUGUCUGGGGUAUAUUAAGGUUGCAGUUUAUGAAAGUAAAUUUCAUCGCUAUGUAACAUAAGAUCAGUAAACAAUAAGUACUGGUUUCAGUAAUAUUUUGAUCAAUGUAAAAUAUAUUAAUUUUCACAAGUGGGGCUGGUAAAUUGUAAAACUCUAUUGAAAACAGCAUAAUAAAAUUAGACAGGGACAACUUGCAUAAAAAGUAGCUGCAGCACAAAGUAAUGUCUUCAAAACGAUGGAUUUAUUAAGUGAUAUCUUAAUAAACAUCUACAUCGAUAUUAGAGUCAUUAGAUUUAAUUAUUUUAAUGUAAUUUUUGUUUGUAUUUAAUUUUACGUGUUUUUACUUAUGUACUAGAAAAUGUAAUUUUAAAUGAUUUAUAUAUUAUCUAUAAAAUUAAAAGGUUUUAAUUAUAAUAACGUUUUUCUAAAAAAAAUGAAGAAAAUUGUAUAAUAUAAAACUGUUAAUAGCGAAACGAUUAUGCUAAACUUGCGGCUGUUCUGAUACACCACACCUCUAUUGUAGUUUUGAGUGUUGAAGUAGAAAACCAUAAUACAGA